AAACAACGUGGUUGUUCCUCUGUAUACGAAAGUAACCGGCGAUAUCAAAAACUUCUCGACUCUGUUGAGUUCUUGAGCCAGUCUCCGUUCGGAAUCCGCGCGGUUCGGAUUUGUGUACCCCCACGAUUCGAUUCGAAUUCAGUUUUAACCGGUAUAUAAGUGACAAGACAUUAAGAUGUAAAAGAAGAAAUUAAAAGAGGAAACUUUUCGGAUAAAAAGUGUAAUAAAUUUUUUAAAUUACUUUUAAGUUAACCGAACGAGGCCGCGGUUUCACUGAAUCAUGACAGAUUGGGUUUCUGUCUCACAAAAAGCUCGAUAAAAUCGUUAUAAUAAUAACAAUUUCUUCGGCCUGGUACGCGAGAAAUUAGCACGUUCGGAAAAUGUUGGCCACUAACGUCCUUUGCCUUAAAAAGAAGCGGAAGAAGAAGAGUUAUUACGUCGCUAAUGUUGCCCAGUAUGGAGGAAAACAAUCCGUCGAUAAAAGAUCUCCUAGGAGUACGGUGACAAUGAUGCAUAUAACGGAGGACACACCACCGGAUAUGCUCGCGGGAGCUAUGGACUUAACGGUUCACUUACCAACGGGUAGAUGCGUGAAGUUAUCCGUUGAAAGAAGUACACCUAUGAUGGAUUUGUUAGUUCAAAUAACCACGGUUCAUAAUCUCCAAUUAUCGGGACAUAUCUUGGAAGCGAUGGAUAUGACAAGAUCCGGCGGCGUUGGAGAAAGGGUUUUACCAUACAAACCAAAUACCCCAAUUGGGGCGUUGGACACUCAACACAUUAAAGUCGUACCAAAAAACAAAACGUCAUCCGGUCUUACAAAAGUUUCUUCAUUGGGUCAUCAGCCUUUCGAAAGCACGUUUAGACUAAAGGUUCACCUGCCUAGAAAUCAACUCUACGUUACUAGAGUGAGCCAAAGCGUCUACUUAGAGGAGAUAAUUAAAAAAGUUUGCGAAGAAAAAGGAUUAGAUCCAGCGAAAUACGAAUUAAGACAUCCAGGUAAUUUAGAUGAGGUUUUGGAUCCUAAUCUCACAUUAAGCGACUACCAAAUUACUGAAAUUUAUGUUGUUGGAAAAGGUAGCGGAAGAUUGGUGCAAACUUUUUCUUCUAGCGAUAUUAUGGCUUUACGAAAAGAGGAAGAAAGGAAACAAUUUCAAGCUAAAACUGGUGGAGGGGUUUUUAACCUCAUUUUUAAACGACCUAAAUCAAUUAUUCAAGAACCACCUUUAACUCAUCAACUAGAUCGAACGGAAAAUACCAAAUCCCUGCCUCCUCCAGUAACCAAAGAACCCCCACAAGAAAGGCCGAAACCUCCACAAAGAAAAAGAAGACCAGCACCAAAACCACCGAUGCCAACUCAACAGCAACCGAUUGAAGCGAAAAAUCCAACGAUUGAAACAACCCACAACCACAUUCACCCACCUUCAAAUGGAACUGGUCCUUCAAAAACUGAUAACGGCCUAAUUAUUAGUCAUUCAAGAAAUAGUAGUGAUAGUUCUGGAUAUCACGAGGCAUCAGUUCUUAGUGAAAAUUGUAAUACCUCUUUACCAAGAAGACCGAAAUCAAUUUACGAUGAAAAUGGAAAUCGUGCCAAAUUGAAUAAUAAAAGUUCUAGUAGUAAUUUGGAGAAGAUGCAAAGCCAUUCAAAAUCGAUGUCAAGUUUAGGUGUACUUGCGCGAAAAAAGAAAGCGGCGCCGCCUCCACCAAAACCGAUCCAAAAAGAAGUUGAUAAUGUAGAAACCACUAUUAGUCCGGUAGUCGCUAGUCAACCAAUAGAAACCAUUCCAGUAACAACCACACUUGGUAGAAGUGCAAGCCUUUGUACUAACGCUCCUGUACCUGCACCCAGAAAACAAAAAUCGUCAGAAUCAUCCAGUGUUAUAAUUGAUAACGAAAAUAAUCGCUCGAUUACUUUCCUAAAUCAAGAUAUCAAUCAUAAUCAAGAAUCUAGCAUAAAAGAUUCAAUUAAAAAUGACGAGAAUAAAAUAGAAUUUACAGAAAAUUGUUUAAAAUCACCAAUCGAUUUAGAAAAUCAUUCAUUAUUAACUGAAGCUAGCAACGAAAUACUAAUAAAUCAACCGGAUAUUGAUUCAGCUUCGAUGGAUUUAAACGUAGACGAACAAGACACUCAGAGUGUUGAUAUCGAACCGAAAGAUUUAAUAAAGGACGAUGAUUUAUCAAUUUAUUCUGAUCAAUCUUUAAAUUUAAAUAAAUCUCAUUCCAUGGAUAGUUUAUUAAGUGAUACAUCAUUAAACAGCGGUGUUUCAAAAAGUUCUAAACCGGAAAUCGUUGGGGUUAUCCCCAAAAAGCGUAAAUCGACUAAUUUCGAUACCUUAACCCGUUCCAGAGGUUUCCAUAUCGGGGCUUCUAUGAUUAACAUGGAAACGGAAUCGGAUCGGAUUAGUUUAGCAACAACCAGCGAAGAAAAUUGUUUAUCAGAUCAUAGAUCGGUUUCUUCCUCCAGAUUAAGCGAAGAGGACGCUUCCAACGAUUUUGAUUUGGAUAUUAAGGAAGAUAUUUUCGAGAAACCGCAAGAAAUUAAAAAACAUAAAAGUGGCGAGAAAAAACGAAAUGAACUGUUAGGAAUCCAUACGAUCGAUCGCGACGAGCAAACUAUGAAUACGAAUCGAUCCGUUUCCAGUUUGAGAAGUAUGGAUAGUAUACCUGGAUUCAUUAAAAAGUGGAAUAAUGAUUUAGAGUUGGAUAAUAUCUCGAAUAUUUCCGAUGGAAGUAUUCGAGUGAGAAAUAAACAGUGGAUUGUUGGAGAUAGUUCUGAUACAGAAUCCAUUACAACAAAUAUUACGACAAAUAACUCACCGCCAGAAAGUCCGAUUAUAACAACAAUUCAACCGCAAAUUACGCCUAAUCAAGACGAAAUUUCAUCUUUAAUAAAAGAAGAUGAAAUCGUCGUUUUGAAAAAUCAAGUUAAUCUCGAAAAUAAAAUGGAAUUGUCCGAUUUAGAUCAUAAAAAUGAGGUUGAUAGUGGGAUUUGUGAAAAUAAUCUUUCUGAUACUCCCGAAAAAGAAGAUGUUGUUGAAAAAGGUAUUGAAGAAGUUAUUGCGAAAGAAGAUGUUAUUAAAAAAGAAGAAAAUAUACCAGAAAAUUUACAAAAAGAAGAAAUACGUUGUAUACAAAAAGUGGAAAAUAUAAAUGAUAACAAAGACAAUGAAAAUAAUGAAAAAAUUAAAGAUAAUAUUGAAAAAGAAACAGAAUGGAAAUAUCAAUUACCUUCACCACCAAAAGGAUUUCGUGAUGUAAGUCCGGCGAUGAGAACAUGUAAUUACACAAGUUGUGACAGUGAAACGAUUUCGGAUUCAGUUGUAACGAGUCCGGAAUUAUUCGAAAAAUUAAAACAAAUUAACGACGUUCAAUCGAUAGCCAGCGAUAUACCGAGUGUAAUAAGCCAAGAAGAAAUCUACGAAGAAAAAGAUAUUUGCAACAAAUUAACAUUGGAAAACUUGGAAAAACGAAAAUCGUUGGUUUACAAACGCGAAUUAGCGACUAGUCUGAAAUACGCUCAAAGUGAAACGAAUAGUGAUAAAAGAUCGACGACGAAAUCCGACGUCCUCGAUGAAUUAGAAGACGUUAUUAAGAAUGAGAAACCGAAUUUUUUGAAAAAUAACGUUUCCAAACCGGUUGUUGAAAUCAAACACGAUCGGCAUUUACCCAAUUUUAAGAUAUCAACUUACGAUGGGAAAAAAGAAAAAAUUAAUAUUUUUGAAGAUGAAACUAUAAGGAGUAGUGAUAAAUUUCAUCGAGUUACCGAAAACGAUGCGGAUAAGAAUCAAAAGAAUUUAAUCAAUGAAAACGUCGUAAAUCGGUCUGAAUCAUUUUCUGGAUCAAAAUUGUCUUUAAAUCCCGUUAGAAGAUCAAAAUCGCAGGUUGGUUUUAGUAAAUACAACGAAAAACCGCAACAAAUCAACACAGAAUCCGUUUCAAGAUCAAAUAGUUUGUUAGAUGUUUCAGGAUUGCAAAGUUUAGAGGUGAUGAAAAUCAUUCAAAACAAACUCACCAAUUCAAAAGAUGCUAUUAAUACAUCUGAUCAAGAAAAAAAUCCAAGUAUUUCAGAAAAAUCCCAAAGAGAAUCACCCAUUCAAGAAUUACCUGAUAAAAAAAUAAUUGAAGAACCAAUUCAAACUAGUUCUGUGGCAACGAAGCGGCAAUAUUUCCAAGGUCCCCCUUGUAUCGAAUUGGGAUCUUGGUCACAAAGACCAAAAACUGAAGUAACGUUAAAAGAAGAUACGGAUUAUAAAUUUGGGAUGGGUUUAAAACCGACUCCUUCAUCGUCUUCGGUUUAUUUAAAUAGUACAUCGUUUAAUAAAAAACCGAUUGGGACGAGUAUUAAAAUUGGAAGUGAUAAUAAUAAUUCAGUUACCACCACCGUUAUAAAUAUAAAUAACGAUCAAAAAGAAUCGGAACGAGUUACGAAUCAAUUUAGGAACGAUAUUUUUCGAAAACCUUUUCAAAAAAAUCCUCGACCACACUCGAUAGCGAUUGAUAAUCAUAUUCCGAUUGUAAGAUCGGUUGAAUUAAAGAAACAAUUUCAAGAUUUACCACCGACUAUUAAUAAUGUAAUACACUUUGAUAAUAAUCAACCAAAAUCUUUAAGUUAUCUUAAUUUAAAUAAAGAAUCGACGCGAAAAGAACCAAUGUUAAGACCGGUAAUAAGAAAUAAUAGUUUUAAUCCUGUUGUUAAAGGAUUUCGCAUUCAAAAUUCAAAUGAUUUUUAUGGAACAUUGCCGAGCAGUAAUAAAAACACGCUAAAUAAUACAAAUACAGAGUCCAAUUCGAAUAAUAAACCGAAUAUGUUUUCGCAAACUAAUUUGAGACGUACUGAGUCAGCGAGUGGUAAACCCAUUUUUGGCAAUGUUGUGCUAAGGAAUAACUCAAAUAAUAUGAAACAUGUUAAACCAGAUCAGAGGCAUUCUUUGUCGGUAAUACCUCCUCCGCCUCCACCAGUCUUACCGACAUUAAAACCCGUUAAAAAAGCGAUGAAUAAUAACGCAGGAAUGUCACCUGUGGAUAAUAGGAAUCAACUUUUAUUGGAGAUAAGAAAUUUUGGGGGUAAAAAGGGUUUAAAAUCGAAAAAAUAAGAUUAAUUAAGAUGUUAUUAUUACCAUUUACGUAUUUACUACCAAUUUAUUUUAAUU